CGUUGCUCAAGGUCACUCUGAUCGUAGUGGCGGUCGGGGUGCCUGUCCUGGCCUGUGUAGCCGUGGGAUUGGCCCACUCCAAAGUAAUUCAACAUGGGAAAAGUCCACGGAUCCCUCGCUCGUGCCGGUAAGGUCAAGUCGCAGACACCAAAGGUCGAGAAGCAAGAGAAGAAGAAGACCCCCAAGGGAAGGGCUAAGAAGAGGAUCCUUUACAACCGCCGAUUCGUCAACGUCCAGCUCGGCCCCGGUGGAAAGCGCAAGAUGAACUCGAACGCCUAAAGAGCGUCGUCCUUUAUCGGUCGCUUUGUCAGGUGCAUUCUGUGCUCUCGAGUCCAGCCGUAGACGUCUGCCCUCGAUCCACAUUGUAUUUU